AGGGUUAGCUAAAAUGCAAAAAAUAAAUCAACUUUUGACUUUCAUUUGUAUAAAAGCUGGAUUCCUUCUAACCAUUACCGUAGAUGUUCCACGCUUAUGUGACAUCAUUAUUCUGCGACUGCCGGAAGAGACGUGGCAAAAUGUCCGCAUCUGAAAACAUUCGCAUUUUCUAGCUUUAGUUAUUUGUACAACCCUUUCCUUCAAACGAUAAAUCAUCGAGGAUAAAGCUUGUGUGACAGGUAAGGUUCAGUUAACCUACAACUAAAGCCACCCGAAACGCAUCUGAUGCUAGAGAACUAGCUAGUUUAGCUAACGUUAGCUUUAGCUAUAUAUCUACAGUAUCAACACAUACAAGUGUCUUGCACCUAUGCCAUAUGUAAUCAUCAAACCACAUUUGAGCCAUGAGUAGAUAUGCCUUGGAUAUCAGACUAUUACUUAGUUAAUAGCUAUAAUGUUAACUAGUUAUGUCGUUGCUGAAGCUUGUUUUGGUGGUCACUUGUCUACAGUACAACAGACAGACCAUGGGUCUGUGCAAGUGUCCUAAGAGGAAGGUGACCAACUUGUUCUGCUUUGAACAUCGGGUGAAUGUGUGUGAGCAUUGUCUUGUCUCCAACCACAACAAGGUCAGUGGAUGGGAGCUCUAAGUACCCAAUGUGUCAUGUUAAAUGAAAUAUAGACCACAUAGUAGUUGUGUUUGCCACUAAACUAAGAAGUAUUUUUCUCUACCUUUCUGAUCCCCAGUGUAUAGUGCAGUCCUACCUCCAGUGGCUUCAGGAUAGUGAUUACAACCCUAACUGUCGACUGUGUAAUAACCCACUGAUCUCCCAGGAUACUGUCAGAUUGGUCUGCUAUGGUAAGAAUAUCAACAUAUUGGAUUCUUUUUUUUAAUGGAACUCUCCUCCUUAUUGCUGUUGCUUGAUAUUACUGCUGUAUGGAACUUGCACAAACCCUCUGGUUCAUUGCUCUUUCUUUCUCUCUAUCCAAGAUGUAUUCCACUGGGCCUGUCUUCAUGACCUGGCAGCCCGGUUGCCCCUACACACUGCUCCUGCGGGAUACCAGUGCCCCAGCUGCCAGGGUCCAGUGUUUCCCCCCUCCAACCUGGCCAGCCCAAUAGCUGACAUGCUGAGGGAACAGUUGUCCUUAGUCAACUGGGCCAGAGCUGGACUAGGCCUACCUCUGGUGAGGAAUAGGGAUGGGCUGAUUCACACUAGCAGUCAGGGACAUUGAAUAGUGAUAGUGACAAGGGGGAUACUGGUUCAAAUGCUGGCUGACAUUAAAUUGUGUAUUAUAUUAGUGUAAAAUACUGUAUGUUAGAGCAUAAACAGAAUUAACUUUUUAGGACCCUGUAAAUGAAGUGUUUCUUUCAGAGAGAAGACACAUAUAUUGUGAAAUAGGUGUUCUGUGACAAUCUAACUCUAACAUGUACAUACUUUCUCCACUGCAAGAUUGAAGAACCUGUAAAAGACAGCACACAGGAUGUCACUAAUUAUGCUGACUGGUCCACGUUUGAUGGUAAGUCAUUGUUUCUGCUCUUGUUACUGCCUUAUUGGUCCAAAGUAAGGAAGCCUGUAUUGCAACUGAAGGCAUAAUAUAAUAUAUGCCAUUUAUCAGAUGCUUUUUUUUUUUUUAUCCAGGGCAUCAUGACAUAUGCUAAGCUAAAUGUUGAAUUUGUUUGUUUGAAUCAGGGAGUUUACUGUAACAUUUGCCUUCCCUUCUCCCCCACUGUGCUAGCACCAGCAUUGGAGCCGACUGAAGCUUACCCCACCCACAAAGCUUACCCCACCCACUCCUACGCCAGCAGCCCCAACCCUAGCCUCGCCCCUACUCCAGUUCCAUCCACAGUACAGGAAGAUCAUGGAAAUCUCCACAACAACGGGGAGAUGGUGGCUCAUGAACAACACUCUGUGGUCAACAUGAUUACUGCAACCACCACUGACACCAUCACCGUACACACAGGUAAAGGACUAUGAAUGAUACCCAGGUUUAGUGGAACUAUCCUAAUCCUAACCAUUUCCAACCACAGUGUUGUCAUGCCAUACAGGCUAGGUGAAACCUUAGCUUUAACUCUAAUCCUAGUUCCUGUAAUUUUUGAUGACACAUCUGAUAUUCCUCACGUAGAUGCAUGUGUAUAAUGUAUGCUGUAUCCUCAUAUUUGGUUAUUCAUUUCAUGUGAAUUACUGCUUCCAGCAUCAUCCCCAAGGAAGAUCUAUGAUACAAGGGACUCUGGACACAGCUCUGGACACAGCUCUGUGACACAGAUUGACUUUGAUGAUGACAAGUACCGGCGACGACCAGCACUCAGCUGGUUUGCACGGAUUCUCAAGUCAGUAAUGUUACUAGUUAUUUAAAGUAACUGCUCUUCAUUUUGUUAUUAGACAGCAAGUACACCUUUCCUAUCAAACCUCAUUACAUAUGGAAAACCUUACUUAAUCUACAUUUUAUAGAUCAGAUUAUCUAUUACUCUGUCUCCAAAGGUAGAGUCCUUUCUUCAAUUUCUCUUAACUCUGUUGAAAAUGUCAAUUAAUUUGUGUUCUCAGAAACCGGGCAGGUUCCAAGAGGACAGGCCUGUCCUGGAAGCAGAGGGUCUUCAUGCUCCUUCUGGUUGGAGUGCUGGGAUUCUUUACCUUGAUCAUCAUUAUGGCUAAACUGGGCCGUGCUUCAGCCGACUCUGACCCCAACUUAGACCCCCUACUAAACCCCAACAUCCGAGUGGGCAACAACUGACCAGCACCCACCUCCAAGUACUAGUGAGUGUUGAACAUGGGGCUGAUUUUAUAAGACCAUCUAAGAUGGUGCGACCAGUAAAGGCAGAGAGAUGCCUUCUCUCUCGGACAUGAAAGAAGAGGAUGGGAUGGUGCAUUUUGACCUGGAAAUGAUAGCAACCUUACACCCUUCUUCCCUCUUUGGGAUAGGCAGGUGCAGAUUUCCUAAGCAUCUACUUCUCAGAACUAAUAGGCUAUAUAACCGGCUUGUGUGUGUAUGUACACACUUUCAAACUAUUAUUAUUUACAUUUGCUUUUAGAGCUAUA